AUGACCGAAACUGUCGUGAGUCCUGAAACCCGUCUGGAAAGACAAGUUAAGCUUUUUUGGGAGCUGGAAAGUGGGGACACAGGAGCCUUGCAGUCAGCAGCUCAUUCACUUGAGGACAAAAGAGUGUUAUGGUCAGAGACAGGCAUCAAAACUAAUGGUCAUUACCAAUUUCCCAUACCGUUCCGUAAUGAGAACACGGAACUCCCAAACAACAAGGCCGUGGCGGAGCGUCGACUAGAUGGGCUUCGAAGGAGAUUAUCCAAGGACGCACGGCUGCGACAAGGAUACGUAGAGGAAAUAAAUAAACUGCCAGCUGAAGGAUAUGCUGAAUCAGUGCCUAAGUGCCAGUUGGAGUCAGAUACUGGACUGGUCUGGUAUCUGCCUCAUCACCCGGUGUUGAACCCAAAUAUGCCAAACAAAGUACGCAUAGUUUUUGACUGUGCAGCCAAACACAAAAGGACAUCGCUGAACAACCAGGUACUACAAGGUCCAGACUUCAUCAACAAAUUACUUGGAGUCCUGUUUAGAUUUCGCCAAGGAACUACAGCCAUCAUGGCAGAUGUGGAGGCUAUGUACCAUCAAAUCCAUGUAGCGCCAGAACAUCGAGAUGCGUUAAGAUUCCUCUGGUGGGAGAAUGGGGACCUGAGUAGAGAGCCAGUAACUUACAGGAUGAAGGUGCACAUCUUUGGUGGGGUGUGGAGCCCUUCAUGUGCACCUUACGCUCUCCGGCGCACAUUUCAAGACCACAGAUCCGAGUUUCCCGACAAGGUGGCGGAAGCGGAAGUCAACUUCUGUGUUGACGACCUACUUAUGUUGCUGGACUCAUCAAAUGAAGCAUCAAUGUUAGCGUGUCAGCUUAGAAGACUGUUGGCGUGUGGAGGAUUUCGGUUAACUAAGUGGGCCAGUAAUCACAAAGGAGUGUUGGCUACCAUCCCACCGGAGGAGAGGCAAAAUGCACUGAAGGAAAUUGAUCUCAGGCAAAACAAAUUGCCAAUGGAGCGAGCCCUGGGAGCAUGUGCUAAAGAAAUCAUCUCAGCACAGUUGCACACAUUCUGCGAUGCAUCGCAGGCUGCUUACGGUGCGGUGACUUAUCUGAGAUUGGUAGACUCUGGCGGAAGUAUCCAGUGCUCUUUCGUGUACGGACGGGCCAAGCUGGCCCCACUCAAGCAACUGACAAUACCAAGGCUGGAACUUUGUGCAGCUGUCCUGGCAGUGAACGCUGAUCGAACGAUUCGCCGAGAAAUGACCAUGACCAUACACGAAUCAUAUUUUUGGAAGGAUAGCAUGCUAGUCUUGCAGUACAUCGCCAAUUCGAGCAGACGAUUUCAAACGUUUAUAGCCAACAGGAUAGCAGUCAUACAAGAGCUGUCAAGAACUGACCAGUGGAGACAUGUCGGCACAUCGCUGAAUCCAGCGGAUGAUGCAACUAGGGGAUUACCUGUCCUGGACCUAGUUGCAGUAUCAUGGUGGAUACGAGGUCCUGACUUUCUACUCAGUGUUGAAGAACGGUGGCCAAAGGGAAAGGAACUGCCAGCAGUUCUGAAUGACUUACUGGAGGUGAAAGGAGAAGUACACCAGAGAUCUGUAGUUGCUCUGGCAGUGAGUGAGCAGUCAAAAUGGUCCCUCGCCAAACUGUGGCUCAGGUACUCAUCAUGGUACCGCUUGGUGAAAGGGGUGGCAUGGAUUAAAGGUUCAUUUGGUGGCUCGGAUCCAGUACAAGGACCGCAGACCUGCGCCUCAAACUGA